GCUUUCUUUUUCGUGCUUGUAUGCUUCUAAUUGCCUCAAUCAACGGCAUCCCGAUAUUUCCCUUCCAAUGCCACGCUUCCCAUUUUCAAUUUGGCUGUCGGCUAUGUAUACAUGUGCGGCAGGACGCUUUUAGCUCCAGCGCCUGUGUUGCUUGUGACCGUGGCAUGUCAAAUUUCACCAGUUCCGUCUGGUAAUCUUUUCCCCCUCCCUUUACUGAAGGAGGUUAGCAAGUCCUCUGGCUUUAGAAGCCAACACAUGAGGAGCUGGUGUGUUAUUUGCGGCCAUCGGUCCGUAUUCGUGUUCUUUUUGUUCAGAUGUGACCGUGGUCUGCCGCCGUUUGUCGCUGACACCACACACUUUCAAAAUACAACGCUAGUCCUCGUGGCAUGGAAACAAACUUCCUCAUCACAUCACCUGAGCGAAUUUGUUUCUCUCCCAUUUUGAUUGACGUCCUGGUACGGGGUAGUCACAAUAUGUCGGGGUGGGGAUUCAGCUGUCGUGUUGGACGCUGGUUACUUUUUGUAGC